AUGUCCGACAAAUAUCUAGCCACUCCCAAACCAGCACCUGAGCUUACCAUACCACAAUCCGACAAGUUCGUAAAGGUAUCGAUCAUUGACAGCACCUCGUAUGUCGAGUUGCCCAUCGAGGAGUUCUUGAAGCCGAAAUACAAGGGCAAGGAUCAAUUGACUGGGCCUACUUUCUCUUUUCUUAUUGAACACAACUCUGGCAAACGGCUCUUAUUCGACCUGGGCAUUCGCAAAGAUGCGGACAACAUGGCUCCAACCAUUGUUCACAGCUUCAAGUCAAAAGGCUGGACUGUCAAGGCCGAGAAGAACACCGCAGACAUUCUCCAAGAGGCAGGGUUCGAUAUCCAAGGAGGAGCCAUUGACGCUGUGAUUUAUUCUCACCACCAUUUCGACCAUGUUGGAGAUAUGACCACCUUCCCUCCUUCUACUCAACUCAUUGUCGGUCCUGGAUUCAAGGAAGCCCACCUCCCUGCAUAUCCAAUCAACAAAGAAUCGCCCAACUUGCAGAGCGACUUCGAGAACCGUGACGUCCGAGAGGUCGAUAUCGCAACCGAGGGAGCCGGCCUGAAGAUUGGACGUUUCAAUGCUUACGACUACUUUGGUGAUGGUUCGUUCUACCUGCUGGAUACACCCGGUCAUGCUCAGGGGCAUGUGUGCGCCUUGGCUCGCACCACUGCACCAUUGGAUGCCCCAGCGACCUUCGUCAUGAUGGGAGGUGAUGCUUGUCACCAUGCCGGAGAGUUUAGACCCUCGCAAUAUCAGCCUUUGCCAACGGAGGUAUCUCCUUCGCCAGAGUCACUGCCACAACCAAUCUGCCCAGGUCAUCUUUUGCAGGACGUACAUUGCAACAAGAGCGCAAACCAACCAUACUACGAGGUCACAGAGAGCUUCUGUUAUGACUUACAGCAGUGCCACUCUACUGUCGAGGGGUUGCAGGAGUUUGAUGCUUCAGAUGACAUUCUUUUGAUCAUAGCGCAUGACGCAAGUUUGUUGGGAGCUCUCGAUUUCUUCCCUGACUCAUUGAACCAUUGGCGUGAGAAGGAUCUGGAUGCAAAGACGAGAUGGAGAUUCUUGGGUGAUUUUAGCGAAGCUGUGGGUAGGCAGUAG